CUGGGCUCGGGUUUGAAUUCAACUCUCAAUAAUCAAAAAGCCCAUCUCUACCUCAGCACCAGCAGCUGGACUCCGCUCCCCAUCUCUGCACACAGGCUACUCCCUCCUCACUGUCUAACCAAUGAGUUUCAGCCGAGGGAAAAAAACAGCCAGGCGGUGUGUGUGUGUGUGUGUGUGUGUGUGUAAUGGGAGCGGAUUAAACAAGUGUGUUUAAGAGUAAAAGAACAACGACAGGGUUCUGAUCUAGACUCGUAAAAGCACAACCCCACCACCUUCAUGUCCUGUCUCUCGUCAUUACAGAGGGACUCAACAGGAAUCUCUGUUCUUUCUGUGACAUCCAGUCAGAAGAGCCUGUCUCCUUCGAGCCUGCCACGUCUUCACUGAGACCCCCUCAGCCAACUACGCUUUCCUCCCGUCCCUCGGAGCUACACCAACAGCCUCCACACCCGUACUGCUUCGCUAGGUUGGCAGCUCCUCUCGCCCUGAGCCAGGAUGAAUGACGUUCAGGAGGCCACCUCCCCUGCGACCAGCCUGAGCGGUCCGGCUACCUGCGUCUCCAAAGUAGAGCUGCGCGUGUCUUGCAAAGCUCUGCUGGACCGAGACACGCUGAAUAAAUCAGACCCCUGUGUCAUGCUCAUGGUACAGACCAACGGACAGUGGACAGAGCUGGACAGGACAGAGGUGAUCAAAAGCAACCUGCAUCCAGUCUUUGCCAAGGUUUUCUCAUUGGACUACUACUUUGAGGAGGUCCAGAAGCUGCGAUUUGAAGUCUACGACAUCCAUGGCACUCACAGCAUCGGGACCCGUGACGACGACUUCCUCGGUGGGGUGGAGUGCACUCUUGGUCAGAUCGUGGCCCAAAAGAAGAUGGUGAAGCCUCUGUUGCUGAAGUACGGGAAAUAUGCCGGAAAAUCCACCAUCACGGUGCACGCUGAGGAAAUUUCUGGCAACAACGGAUAUGUGGAGCUCUCCUUCUGUGCCAAGAAGCUUGAUGAUAAGGAUCUCUUCAGCAAGUCGGACCCAUUUUUGGAAAUAUACCGAAUCAAUGACGAUGAAACCGAACAGCUUGUGCACAGGACUGAGGUGAUUAAAAACAACCUGAACCCCGUGUGGGAGCCCUUCAAAGUGUCUCUCAUAUCCCUGUGCAGCUGCGAUGAAGACCGGAAGCUCAAGUGCCUAGUGUGGGAUUAUGACUCCAGGGGGAAGCACGACUUCAUUGGCGAGUUCUACGCCACUUUCAGGGAAAUGCAGAAAAUUUCCAGUGGAAAUAAGGUGACGUGGGACUGUGUCAAUCCCAAGUACAAACAGAAGAAGAGAAACUACAAGAAUUCAGGAGUUGUCAUCCUCAGUGACCUUAAGCUCCACAGAGUGUAUUCCUUCUUAGAUUACAUCAUGGGAGGAUGCCAGAUUCACUUUACGGUUGCCAUUGACUUCACAGCCUCCAAUGGAGACCCCAGGAACAGCUGCUCAUUGCACUACAUCAACCCUUACCAGCCCAACGAGUACCUGAAGGCCCUGAUAGCAGUGGGAGAGAUCUGUCAAGACUACGAUAGCGACAAAAGAUUUUCAGCUUUGGGCUUUGGUGCCAGAAUCCCUCCAAACUAUGAGGUGUCUCAUGACUUUGCCAUCAAUUUCAACCCAGAGGAUGAUGAAUGUGAAGAGAUCCAAGGGGUGGUUGAGGCGUACCAGAACUGCCUUCCUAAGAUCCAGUUGUAUGGCCCAACCAAUGUUUCUCCCAUCAUUAACAGGAUAGCCAAGCUGGCAGCGGGCGACGGCAACAUUAAAGAUGCUUCUCGAUACCACAUCCUGCUCAUCCUCACGGAUGGUGUAGUGACAGACAUGGCAGACACACGUGAGGCCAUUGUACGAGCCUCCUACCAGCCGCUCUCCAUCAUUAUUGUUGGUGUGGGUAAUGCAGACUUCACAGACAUGCAGAUUUUGGAUGGAGAUGACGGAGUCCUCCGCUCACCAAAGGGCGAGCCGGUCCUCCGGGACAUUGUGCAGUUUGUGCCCUUCAGAGACUUCAAAACGGCUUCACCUGCAGCCCUGGCCAAAUGUGUUCUGGCAGAAGUGCCCAAACAAGUAGUGGAGUACUACAGCCAUAAGGCCAUCUCCCCCAUGUGUCCGGUGAGGGACUUACACACGCCAAUCCUCAGCCCGGUCGCCACCACGCCAACAGAAUAAUGACCCACGCUGUUCCUGGGACCAAGCUUUGACCACAGCACCAGUCCGGCAAACUGAGAGGAAGAGAGGGCGCAUGCCUCGCUGCUUUGGACAACAACUGAAGGGAAAAUCUUUCUAGAUGUGUUGUUACUCAUUUAUUUCAUUUUUCACUCCUGGCAAAGUGUUUACACAAGGACAGCACAGCAGAGACUGUGUGAAUCCAGCACCUCUCCCCGGCUCUACAAAUUGACCACCCAGCUGUUUCAGCAGCAGCAUGAAGGAUUAUGGUUUUUCCCCUUAUUUUUAUGCAUGCAGGCCAAUCCCUCAGUGCUGAUCCAUCAGCUGGAUGCAGGCUUAUUACACCUCCCUGCCUAUGAAAUUCAGCACCUCCACUACAUGUAUUAUGUCACUGAUUUCCUUUAUCUUGAGAUCAGAGCUUCUGUACAGUAUGUUUCAAUCAAAAUUAGAUUAGUCAACAAGAACAUGCUGACAGUACUUAAUCCAGAUGUUCGAAAUGAAUCGCAGGGAGCAUAAAGAAGAGAUGCUGCCUUUAAUAACUCAUACACCCAGUUUCCAGGCAUGAGCUAACACUGGAACAGGCUCAAUGGAAGUUUUUCUUGUAAAAUACAAGAAAAGUACAUUUUUAUUAUCUUCUAAAACUUGAAGUCCUGUUCCAAAGUUCACCAGCCAUUCUCAACAAACCAAAAAGCCCCAGCCCCCCGAGAAAGCAAGUAAUGCUUAAUGUGCUUUUCAGUUAGCAGGUAACGUUUGCCAAAUGAGUGCACUCUGCGUAAAAAUAAUUAGCUAAAUAACAAUAAUUAGCUACUUCCCCUUUAAUUAGCUCUUCUUAAAAAACAGGUGAGAAAAGCGCAGCAAUGGAAAUAUCUUCAUUUAGUUCUGAUGUGUCACCACUUCAGACCUGUUCACCCUUUACAUCUGUGAAACUGUGAGUGACAUAAUGACUUUAACAACGUGUGAUAUUUGCUAUAGUUUGAGCUCUUUGUAUGCUUUUUCAGUUACAACAGGGAGGGUCAUCAGCUCACAGGUUGAAGUGGAAGAUGCGCUGUGCUGAAACAAAAGGUCGCAAACAGCUGCCUCUUCUGAGGUUAGCUGAGAACAAAGCCGGAAUAACAUUUCUCUUCAGGAGAAAAUUAAUGAUCACACCCUAUUUUUGGUCUUUUGUUGAGUGGCUGUGGUGUAAGCUGUGAAAAUCAUGCUUCAUGUCAGGUGAAGUCUUUCCCUCUGUCCGUUAUGUUCUCUCUAAGCCAGUCGUCAUGCAGGUAGAACCCUUCACGUUUCUGCUGUAUAUUUCAUUACUUUUUCUCUCUGCUGCUUUUUAUAUGCAAUAUAAUUCUACUCAGUGUUUCACAAGGAAUUUGACUGAUGAGCGUUCAGAUUAGAUCAAAUGAAAGCACAAAGACGUCCACAGUGAGUGCUGUAACACACACAGUUCCUCAUCUGGAAUAUUAAAAGCCUCAUUAUUAAAAAGCUUUCUCACCAUAGAAUUAGUAGUAAAGUUUUGCUCAUCAUUGCACGUCACCAGAACAAACUGUUCUCUUUUCAUUUCCAGCUAAUUCUCACCUGAAGGAUAUUUACUGAAAAGGCUGCAUUUGAUUUUUCUGAUAAACUUUACGAUGUUGGUCAUGCUCAAAAAGCUGUAACCUUCACUUCCUCUUACCUUGCCAGAUUGUCUUCAGAGUGUUCAGAGCGUAGCCUGAAACAAGUCAGAAAAGCAGUGUCACGUUGUGGCCUCAGUAUUUUUCCAGCAGAACGUGUCAGUGCUGCACGGAGACGAGCACAAGGUCAUAUGUCAAAAAGUCAAAUGAACACAAACGUAACUUGUUAUUACUUAUUACCCAAAAACGAAAUGUUUCCAAAACUCAGAUAUGACUAAACAAUUUAUACAUUAAACUAAAUCUUUAACAGGACAUUUCUGAGGUUUGAACUAAAUAAAUGUAACUCAGAGAAAACAAAUUCUUCACUGUAAUGGAUCAUUUUCAUGUCUUCUCUGUUUUGGUUGCAAAUACAAAGUAAUGUCCUGCUGUGUUAAAGACGUGUUGGACUCGUGUUUAAUAUCCUCUUAAAGUAGAACAUUUUAUGAAUAAAAAUGUUGUGUGCAGCCACACAGCAUCUGAAUAGUUCAUUAUUCCCUGUAUCCUCUGGUAAUGACUCUAUACUAUUUGCUUAGUGUUUUUACGUCUAUCUUAAAUGAUGUAUUUGUGCUCUGAAUGACUCUGAAUGGUGACUAAUGCACUUGGCCAGAAACCAAGCUGUCACUGGCGUUAAAUGCAUAGGAAGAAUAUCUCGUCUUUGCAGCUACUCUAACACACAUAUCCGCCCCCGAGCUACAAAUAUUAAUCUGACUUUGAUUUGUCCUCUAGAGCUUCACCAGCCCUCCCCUGAUACAGGCUAUUGACUACUGAUGAAUGCACCUAAACACAGCUAGCUCUGCUGUUGGCUACUCUCUGAACUGCUUUGAAGAUCACAACUAUUGAGGUUUCUCCUGUCACAGGAUGAGGCCUAUUGAUUCUGCAGGGCCUAGAUUUGGAGCUGUACUCAGUUAUUCCUAAGUUAUGGAGGGACUUUGAUCUCACGGCCGAGGCUCAGCUCUGUGUGACUGGUUUACAACAGUAUAAAGCAGUUUGCAUUGUAGGUGUCUUUUUUGUGGGAUGAAUAUUUAGUUUUUGUGUUCACACAUUUUAAUACCAUCUUUUAUUUUUUCCAUGUUCUUCACUUUGUAGUGCGUUGUUCUAAUGAUUCCUUUAGACCAAAAAUUUGCCAUUCUAAGAUAAAAAGUACUUUCACAAAAAAGUAAAGCAUUUUUUCAAAGCCUUUAUCUAUGAAACCAGCUUUGUGCUUUCCCAUAAACCUUCAGUGGCUACUUACUCUGACUAAAUAAGGCAGAAAGUGCAGAUAUUAACCAAUAUAUCUGUUCCUUCAGGGCAAACCAGCACACAUAUUGAUAUCUAAAAGGCACUGGCACCUCUGUUCAGUUCACUCUUUGUCCCCCAUUACCUGUAUCACCUUAUUGCUGCUUUGCCUCAGGUUAUGAGCUGCUCCAGCUCAAACGGUUCAUUACCCCGUACUCUUAACAUUUUUAGGAAUUUUACAAUUGAUAGAUGGCUGACCUCAGAAAAAAUCACAGUUUUAAUCUUUCAUCUAAUGGCUACAUGUUUGAAAAUGAUCAGAUGAAUAAAUAUAUAAAUAAUAAAAAUAAUUUUAUUAUCAGAUCAGUAAUGUAAAAAUGCCAAAAUAAGUGUCGUCUCAGUUCAAACGACAACACAGUGAGGUUACCUGAAUUAUAAACUAGUAGAUGUUUUAUGCUUAUACAUGUUAAAGUUUGAUGCAUGGGUCUUUGAUGCUUUGCCAAACAAAAUCCUCUUCAGACCUUUUGUGAUAAUUAUUCUUAAUGAUUAUCUUUUUCAUCACGUUGGAAUCAAUCAUGUAUCAAACGCUUCAGUAUUCAAAAGAAUAUCAUUGUGUUCUUGUGUGUGCGAGAGCCAGCUGAGCCCCAAGUGCACAACCAUACAGGGUCGUCACUUUAAACAGCUUCAUGGAAGAAAAAAUCUGUUACGUUGAAAUCAUUUGAGCAACAACAGUGAGCUGAAACACUGGAGACGAGACCGCGGUUCAUGUGGACGUCACCGUGGAUUUAAAAAAAAAAAAAAUCUGGGUUGAAUCCACUGAGCUGCUUAUUUCCCCUUAUCUAUACUCACACCAUUGUCAGACAAAAUGAACAAGUUAUUUUACAGCACACUGAUGUGUUUGAAAUUUCCCAUACACACACUCUCACUCUCUGUUAAUCAGAACAAGGUUUACAGCCCAUAACCCUAAUAUGCAACUGGUGUAACUGCAGGCCGUGUGGGUGAGGAGCAACCCAUGCAUCAUUAGGAAAUAUUUGAUUUCUUCAAAAGGAAGAAAGGGAUUUAUUGCAUGCUUACUUUUAUUGUUAAGCUGUGCUGUGCGGUCAUUCCUUUGGAUUGUAUGAUAUGCUAAUAUGCAAGCCUGCAUUUGCACAAACCUCUGUUCUUGUAGUUUUACGCUCUCUGUCUUGCAGUUAGGUAAAUAAAUCUCAUCAUUUAACUGAAA